CAACCCCUUUUAAAACCCAUCAUAUUUCGAUCGGAAUCCAUAAUGAAGUGCUUUAUCUUGGCUGCUUUUCUGCUGGCCACUUUAGCCAGCGGCGAGAACAUCUUCAAGAUCAACAUUUCGCCCGAGGAGGCUCAGCAGUUCUUGAACAGCGCCCAAUUGCGUGGCAUUGGCGAUAUCGAAUAUGCACCGAAAACCGGAGAGAAUCCUUUGCCCGAAGCCCGCAACGAGCAGGGACAAUUCGUGUACAUGGGCCGUGUGAUCGAGCAUCCCGAGGAUUAUGUGGAGGAGCACUACGAUGCCCAUCAGUACCAUGGUCAGGAUGGUCUGGGUCAGUUUGCCUACGGCUACAGGGACUGGAAUCAGGGCAAGAACGAGAAGCGCGAUCACGAGGGCACCGUCACGGGAUCCUACAAAUAUGUCCAACCGCAUGGCCGUGACUUUGUGGCCAAUUACUAUGCCGAUAAGACCGGUUUCCAUGUGGAGGACAACCGUCCGGCUCAUCUCAAGCAGCCGGCCACCAAAACCCCUGCCGUUUUGAAGGCCGAGGAGGAGCAUUUCCGCCUGUGGGGUGAACUGGCCGCCGCCGCCGGUCACAAUCCCGAUCCCUAUGCCGCCGAGUACCAGCAGGAGGGUCGCUAUCAGCCCACCGAGGACGAGAUCAAGCCCUACGUCCACGAGGAGCAGCCAUAUGUGCCCGGUCCCGAGGAGACCGGCGAGCCCAAGGGAUUCUUCUACGCCUUCGACUACAAUGUGCCCCUGUUGCGCAACAAGGAGGAGCGUGCCGAGCUGGAACGUCUGCGGGCAGUCAACAACAAGGACGAGUAAGGGUCCUUCGGGAUUUUUAGGAGAUCCAUCGCAUCCAUGGAUCGCCUUGUAUAGGUCGUUCUGUAGAAAGUAGCAAAAAACAUUCCACAUAUUUAUUGAAUCCUUCGCUAAAUAAAUAAAUCGCAGUUUCAAAUACA